AAACCACUUUAGCUAAGGAAGCAUUUGGUUUAACUCCUGUUAGUACUGGAGGAUUGCUAGAAAUGACUAAACUGUAUAAUCUGAAAGCAUGAAAACUUCACUCAAGAAAAACACUGGAUCACUUUUGCUUUCCAUAUCCAUAUAGAAGAGAAGUUUCAAUGACUUCAACUUCCACUCAUUCCCUUCCUUGCUCUUCCUUUGGAAACAUCUUCAUGAAUAACCAAAGUAGCCAAUGCCAAAAUGACUCAUCAGAGACACCAAAUGCUACCACCUGCCCUAUGAAUGAACAAUUAUUGUCUGCUGUUUUAACAAUUUUCUACUCCGUUAUUUUUAUUGUGGGAUUGGUUGGAAACAUUAUAGCUCUUUAUGUAUUUUUGGGAAUCCACCGAAAAAGGAAUUCUAUUCAGAUUUACCUGCUUAAUGUAGCCAUUGCGGAUCUCCUACUCAUCUUUUGCCUCCCCUUCCGAAUAUUUUAUCACCUUAACAAAAACAUCUGGACACUGGGUGUAAUUCUCUGCAAGACAGUGGGAACACUAUUCUACAUGAAUAUGUAUAUCAGCAUUAUUCUUUUGGGUUUGAUCAGUUUGGAUCGUUAUAUAAAAAUUAAUCGGUCUAACCACCAGCAUAAAGCAUUAACAACUAAGCAAAGCAUUUACAUUUGUUGUACAGUAUGGGCAGUAGCUAUAACUGGAUUUUUAACUAUGAUCAUUUCAACACUUAGGAAAGGAGGACAUAAUUCUACAAUGUGCUUCCAUUACAGAGAUAAGCAUAAUGAAAAAGGGGAAGCAAUUUUUAACUAUAUCAUAGUGAUUGUGUUUUGGUUAAUUUUUCUUCUACUAAUCCUUUCCUAUGUUAAGAUUGCCAGUUAUCUUUUGAGGAUUUCCAAAAGGAGAGUUAAUUUCCCUAAUUCUGGAAAAUACCAUACCACAGCACGUAAUUCCUUUAUUGUGCUAAUUAUUUUCACUAUAUGUUUUGUUCCUUAUCACGCUUUUAGAUUCAUUUAUAUCACAUCACAGCUGAAGACAACACCUUGUUACUGGAAGGAGAUUUUCCACAAAAUCAAUGAGAUUAUGCUUGUACUCUCAUCUUUUAACAGCUGCUUAGAUCCAGUUAUGUAUUUUUUGAUGUCUAGCAACAUCCGCAAAAUUAUAUACCAACUUCUCUCAAGAAGAUUUCAAGGUGAAUCAAGCAGAAGUGAAAGUACUUCAGAAUUUAGAAAUGCAAGCCAUUCUCCACAUGAUACUUCUAUUAGUGUGAAGUUCAAUCAACAUUUAAGAGUACUCUGAGAUGAAUGUAUUACAAAGAAUUAUGGAUCAUUGCCUUUUACCAAAACCAUUUACUAACAAUGAUGAGUCCUACAAGUGUUAGAGAACUAUCAAAUUCAGUACUGAUGUUUCUAGCAUUACCAAAAAAAAAAAAAAAAGACAAAACCCAAAAUCCAAAGCAGUAUUCACUGAUUUUUUUUUUUGUAAAUAUAGCAUGCUGUGUUUCAUUUACUUGACUUGUCAAAUAAUAUGCUGAAGAAGCAGAAAAGGUCAUAGUUAUUGCUAUGUGAUUUUAAAUCUAUGAUAUUCUAGGCUAUGAUCUUUUAAAAAGUAAAAGUAUUUACAUUUGUAAAAAUAGACUGCAAAAGUAUUUACUGGAAUUUAUGACCUUAAUAACAAAUCGAAGAAAAUCGUAGUUCCCAAAACUAGUAAACUAGUGUUGGUAUAUGUUGCACACUAUUUAAAUAGUGUUCAAUGAAUAGAAGGGAUAAAUGUCUUAGAUUACACUUCAGGUUGACGGAAAUGUGCCACUAUUCAAAAAUCUGUCAUGUAUUUGUCAAAUUCAUACAUUCAUGCCCUUUCUAAAAAAAAGUAAAAUGUGAGAUUUUCUAGUUUCUAUAAACAUAAUGUAUAUGGCUGUGGUGGAUGACUUGGUACUUCGCAAAAUAAAUAUUUUUUAAAAAAAUA